AUGGGAAUCGAGUGCUCGGCCCCCGAUCGCGCGGUUUUCCUGCGAAGCGUCGCGGGCCGGCCGGCGAGUGUGGUGGUUCGAUUCACCAACUGCGAUCAGCGCCGGGUGCGGGUUCGCGUGAAGCCGCCGACGCACCCGUGGUUGGACUUCGACGGCAGCCACUUCGCCCCUGUGGCGGGCUCGACCCGGCGGACCCGGCGGGAUCCUUCCAUCAAAGGCGCCUCCACCCGCCCUGGCGAGCCCGCGGAGGGGAUUUUCCUCAGCUGUGGGGGGUAUAUUGAGGUCCGGGUUGGGUUUACCCCCAGGGACGCCUCCAUCGCGAGGCUGGCGUCUACCCUUUCCAUCGGCAUCACGCGCGAGCUGAACUCGCUCUCGAUGGAGGGCGCCCAGUGGAAGUUUUUCGAGGUUGACGUGAACUGCGAGACGAUCCUUCCGUUUUUUCAGCUCUUCCACCCGGCGGGUCUGCCAGGGGAGGGGGGGGAGGCGGAUUGUGCGGGUUCCAAAACUCCCCAGCAGCGGUCCAUCCUUCAGUUUAGCGAACCCCAUCAGACCGGCCGCGAAAGGGGCCGAGGGGGGGUUGGGGAUGAUUCACCCGUGGAGGCCCGAUGCGCCGCGGGGUCCACGGCCCGACUAAAGACCCGAACCCGCCGAGGACCUUCCCCCGAGGGGAUUUCCAAGGCCGCCGGCGCCUUGACCCUCCACACCCCGCCCUUUCUUUCCACUUCCGCACCGCUGGAUGCGUGCGUUUUCCCCCCGACAUUUGUCCUGAGCGGCAUCACGCAGCGCUACCGUCUCGUCAACGUCGGGUCCGACGCCGUGGUGAGUUUGACCUGCACUUCGGCGGCCUACGCGAUUAACCCUCCCGGGCCCAUCCCGCUCGCGCAUGCCGCGGAGGUGGAUAUUUCCAUCCUUUUUCGCCCCAUGGCGUGGGAGGAUCCUUGCGAUGGGCAGCUGGUGUUAACCGUCUGGAAGAAUCCGCCAUCGGAGGUGGAAUCCGCGGAAGCCGGGCGAGGGAUUGGCGAGGGCGAUAAUCUAGUGCUGGUUCAACAAUGCUUCCCUUUGCGUGGGACGUCGAUCGUGCCGCGGGUGGCGGUCCGACAGAUCGGUGAGAUGACUUUACCGCACGACUCACCGACCGAUUUUUCUGAGCCACCACCGAAAAUGGAGGGUUUUGAUGAGGAGAUCAUCCCACGCUAUUUUAUUCCCGAUACCUGCCCGGAGGUGCGCUCCACGCUGGCCGUGCGCGUCUUCAACAGCUGUUCUCUCCCGCUGGCCUACCGCUGGGUUUUGGAGGUCUGCGGUGGGGCUGGGGACAGGAUGAACGCGGUUAGAAACGCGGAAGGGGGUUCACCCCUCGACGCCCCUGCAUCCAUCGCCACGAUCCAGCCCGCGCGUGGAACCAUGGCGGCGAUGGAGGAAAGCGUGUUUACGGUUUCGGUGAACCCGUUGGUCGCGGGGAGGCUGGCCAUAUCGUGUAAUCUUUUCCUAGAGGGUCUUCCUGACCCCACACAGGUCUCUGAAGCCGAGCUCGCGCGGAUUCCUUCUUGGAUCGCCGCGCUUUACGAUCGCCACGCGCAGAUCCCCUCGGCCACCCUAACCGUUCAGCCUGCACAGCCCUGGGCUGAGGAGGCGGUGGCCUCGGACGGGGCUUUUGCCGCAUCCGCCAUGGACUGCGCGUUGAUGGACCCUUUUGCGUUCUUCCAGGCCCACACUAUACCCCAACCUUCACAUCUGCAGGAUCUUGUUUUUUCGACCGGUUUUUACCUUUUUGCCUUUCCCGCGGACCCGUCCCUAAAGCUGAUUUCGGGCGUCCUGGACGGCACGUUUGAGUCCUUGACGGGGAUCGAGGUCAGCCGCGGGGUGAUAUUGCAGAACCCUUCUCCACGCGCCCUGCACUUCGUAUGGAAUACCCCGGAGAUUACCCUUAAGCCGAGUGAAAUAGGGGUUCCCGCAAUGCCGAUCAGCGGACAGGGGGAGCUAUUUCAGCCAGAAAAGGACCCGAUAUCGACAUGGUGCCGGCCUCGUCAGGGCUGUAUUGCACCCUAUGGCCAGCAAGAUAUCGAGGUCAGUUUUAUCUCCCACAUAGCUGGGAUCCACCACAAAACGCUGGAGUGCACGGUUCCCGAGCUCCAAUCUUGCCAUGAGUUGGUCCUUAAAGUCAAGGGCGUGUGCCCCAUGGUGCAUACAAACACGCAAUUCCUAGAUUUUGGCGUUAUCAAAGUAGACACCAAGCAUGCCGCCACUUUCACCGUGUCGAAUUCGAAUCGGGUGCCCGUGAUGUGCCGCUUUCAGGAUCCCAUGUUCUGCAAUCCACCACGUUUUACGUUUUCCCCAACUUCGAUUCAGAUUUUAGCAAACGACUCCGCUGAUAUCACGGUCUAUCGCUACGGCAUCCAUCUUGAUAUCCCGGAAGCCUUCUUUGAGGUGGUGGUGCAGGGCGGUGUCGCCAUCGUGAUCGAGACCCAUGCUAUUGUGCAAAAUCCCCAGAUCGUUUUGGAUGAGCCCGUGGUGGAUUUCGGCUUCAACGUGCCGGAAGGAGUCUGGCAGGAGCGCGCUUUUUAUCUGUCAAACAAUAGCAAUUUUGACAUUACUUUUGCUAUGGCGACUACGUCGGCUCAGACUCCGUGGGUUCGACUGGAGUACGCGUCAGAUCUUGUGUUAUGUGCUGGACAGGUGCAUAUGGAGGUCCCAAUACGCGCCUGUUUUUUAUACAACCCGCAGGAAAAGGAGAAUUUAGACGUGUAUUGCGCCCAUAUCGAGCUUCGUUCUGAGCAGACCCAACAGGUACUCCUCGUAAAGGUUUAUGCCACCACAAUCGAACAACUUUCCGUUUCUGUUGACGUCGUAGCGGCCUCAAACUCUCAGGAAGGGAUACGUCAUGACGGUGAUACGUCAACCAACGGGACCUCAUUUGGGAUGACCCCCACGAAGUACGUACGCAUUCUUUUACUCAACGCGUUAGAAAUCGCCUUACAUUCUGUAGAUUUGCAGAGGAGGCCAUCUGCGAAUCACUAUGUUCAAGUUGUCGAUCCCACUUCACCCUGCCACGACGCCGGUGCACCUUUUCAGCUUUCGGUUGAUCACUCUGACAGCUUCCGCGGGGUUGUGGUUCGCCCAUUUUGCGAGAAUGUACAGCUGCACACCCACCUCCCCGACCACUCACCCGUCUGCAAUGCGACGUUGAUGGUGAAGUUUACGAACUACUCCAAAUGCACGACCCGUGGGGUGAUAUGGGUGGAUGAGGGCGAUUCCUCUUUGUUGGGUCCCCUGAACCACAGCAAAAGAGGGGGUACCCUGACCUUCUUUCCCCCUCUUACGGUAAACUCGUUACACAAACCAAUUAACCUAUUACAAGAAUCUGUAAAGCUGUUACAAGAGUCUGUAAACCCGUUUCAAGAGUCUGUAAAGUCGUUACACAAGCCAAUUAACUCGUUACAAGAGUCUGUAAAGCUGUUACAAGAGUCUGUAAAGCCGAUAGAGGCGACUUUAAGUGGGACUUCAGGGGGGAAGGUCUGUUCCAAAGGGGGUGCCACCGCGCAAGGGUUCUCCUCGGCGUCUUCGUUGGUGUGUCGGAAGAGAGCGAGUGUGGGGACCCUUCACACGGGACAGGUCUCGGCACUGAUGCGGACGUGGUUGGAGUCCGCCCAAUUUGGGUUUUGGACAACAGCGGUGAACGGCGUGGCGGCGCAGCGGCGGGCCGAACAGGCCGCCUUGGCCGACGCGCAGCGUCUUUUGGUGGACGGCCGCGGCGCCUGCGUGGCGCGGCCCCCCUCUGUGGAAGCCGGGGCCCCGAUUGGGCCGCAGGAGGAGGUGGUGUUGCCGUUCGCUCUCCACGCCAACCUCCCCGGGCGAUACACCAAUACGCUAAACAUCGAGUGUAAGGGGCUCCCGCAGACGUCCGUCGGGCUCCAGUGGGAGGUGUCAGGGCAUCCGCUGUUAUUGGACCCUACCACCGCCGGUCUGACCAAGGACGAAAACGCGCACGACAUCCUUUUGAUGACGCCGGUGGUGGCUUUCUUAGGAAGCUCCCAUCGCGUUUUGCGCGUGAUUAAUCGCCUACCGCGAGAGGUCUGCGCGAGCGUCGAGGUUCAUCUCAACACUUCGAGCUUCACCGUCUUGGCGGUGAACGAGGAGGAGGAUGCUUCGCGGGUGGUGUUGACGUUGGAGUGCGUUUCGGACUCGGUUAAACAAAACAGCGCGGAGCGCUACGGCGCGGCCGCGGCGACGCCGUCCUCCUUUCACAUGCCGGCGUUAUCCACAAAGGAGAUUUACAUCGAAUACACGCCAAACGCAAAGUUUGUGGAGCGUCUAAUGCCUUGCACCUCCUUCCAUGAGAAAGAUUCUAAUAGAGAUGGGGAUAUAGGACGCACCUGCGGCUCCCCCCGUGGAGGUAGUUUGAACAGUGCGCGGAUGGGUAGCCAUGAUCACAUGGACGAGGAAGAGGAUGGACUCGUGUUAAUGCAGUCCUCGCAAGAGGAGGAGUGGAAUGGUUGCCUUGUGAUCAACUGCAAGCUGGCGGAAAGCCCUUUCAACGACAUCUUUCUCAUCGACGAGUUCUACGAGCAAAACCAGGCGGUGUACCCCAGCAAACGACUGCUCCGACGCUACGCCGCCACUGCGGAAAAAGGUGGGGGCGGGGCGCAAAAGAUCAGCUCCAAGAUGCCCUUGCGCGCUUUACAAAAGAAGAACUUGGAUUUAGAGGAGACCGCUGCGGUACUUCCCACUUCCUUACGAUUGGUGCCGGUCUUACAGUUAUUUCAACCACUACGUACACGCCCUGGAAAGGUCGUGCGACUCGGCAAAUUAGUAGCCCUCUUGAUGAAGGAAAAAAAACUCCUCGACGGGCUUGUCCCCAGCCACCGCGAGACCGCCGUGCAGGAGUCGAUUCCGCUGAGUUCCUCUCGCAAUCCUCCCACGUUGGCGGAGAAGUCUGUGGUGGAUGGCAGCGAGGAUGACCUCACGGAGAGGGAUUCCGAUACGGAGCCCGAUAACAACCCGAAUAAUUCAAAAAGCGCCCAACUCUUUGAGGACGUGGGAGGCCGUCCAUCGCGGCCGCUUUCCGUUCUCCUCGCCGAGGAUCGCGAGCGCGGGGAGCUGCUCGCCUACCUCAAACGGCGUCGUUCGGAGCUGACGGAGGAGAGUCAGCGGUAUUUUAACCCGAUUGAACUGCGGCUUCGGGCGCGUUGUGGGGUUCCGCGGUUGAUGCUGACACCCCCCGUCUCGCAGGUCGAAUUUCAGGCUUAUCUCAACGACGGAAAGCCCGUUUUUCGGACAAUGCGCGUGAUGAAUCGCAAUACUGCGAUGCUGCGAUUUUAUUUUCACCUAUUUACGGGCAAAAAUUCGAAGAUGGAGGGGGAAAGUGCGCGUUAUGGAAGCUUCACUGUGGUAUCCGUCGAGCGGCUUCGUAGUGAGGAGGAGCCGGAGGCCGAUUCCGAGGGGCGGAAGCGCUCAACGACAAAGGGCAAACCCCAACCCACGCCUUUAAAUGGUGGGUCUUUAACGUCAACGGGGGCUUUAGGGAAAGGGCCCCAUCGCGUUCAUUCUAUAGGGCCCUCUGGAGCCCCGGGAAAGGUGAUUUAUGAAUUACGCAGUUUUGAGUCAUUGGACGUCACCUUGGCGUAUUGGCCGCCGGGGAGGGGAUUUUCGCUCUCGCCUGGGACUUCAGUUCGGGAUGUGUGGGGGGGCGUGCGGGUGGAGUUUGUUCCGUCGGAGGGGGCGUGUAGUACGCUCGGGGGCGGCGGCCUCGCGGCGGCCUCGCCAAACUCCAGGGGAUUGACAGCGUCGUUUGCGCUUGAGCGGGCCCCUGUGCAGGAGAUUCGAUUUCAUGUCCCGCUGGCGGUGCCGAAUUUAUCCUCCGACGUCUCGUCGCUUUGGUUUCGUCCGGGCAAUAUCAUCCUCGACGGCCGCGCGCAGCUGAGCUAUACCCAACAUAUUACCUUAUACAACCAUGCGAGUAUUGCAGUGGAGUACGAGAUGAUCCUGGCGGAUGGGAUGUCGGCUGAUUCGAUCGCUUUGCCCAACACAGCCGACUCCCACGCGAGCGAAAAUGAUGAAUCAAAGACCGCGACGAGCUCGGCCAAGACGACUGCCCAUUCCUGCGCGAUAGUCGCGGACAAACACGAUAUUCGUGAAAAAAUUGACGCGCUUCAUAACAUGUCCACCAGUCCGAUAUUUUUAUUAGCGGACGGCGAAUCUGGUACGACGACGAAUGCCAUUUCUAAUGCGACUCCUGCCAUGGCAAAUAGACAUAGUCUGACGGUUCAGGGAUAUCUCACGGCGGCGACCACGACUGUGGUGCGUGGAAAGGCGGCGGCCGAGCGUUUUGUUUUAUCCCCGCUUAAAGGUUGGGUCCCUGCGGCUACCGCGGGGGGACAGCCGGGCUCUUCUGUGGUUGAUGUCGUCUUUAAAGCGUAUUCCAAUAUUGUCUAUGAAUGUACUUUUGUCGUUCUAGCGAAUCACCAGCCCUCGGGGAUUGCCAUUAAGCUAAUAGGUAUUAGUCGUGAUACCGAGUUGUAG